AGUUUGGGUACAUGUUUAGGAACCAAAAAAAGUAGUUUCUUCACCUACAUUCAGUUGAAUUUGAUAUCCUUUUCAGUAAUUAUACAAGCCCGAGACACUCCUCUGUAGCAUUUUCUUGAAGAAAGGAAAGGAAACGGCAUCAGUUCAGAGAGAUCAGAGAUGUGUGGGAGAGCACGUUGUACUCUGAGAGCGGAUGAUGUCCCAAGGGCUUGUCACCGCAGCACUUCCCCUACUCGCACUCUUCAUAUCGACCGGUAUAGGCCAGCGUAUAAUGUGUCACCGGGAUUCGACGUGCCAGUGGUUCGUAGAGAUGACGCGUCUGGCGGUGAAGGCUAUGUUCUUCAAUGCAUGAAAUGGGGUUUAAUCCCCAGUUUUACAAAGAAGACAGAGAAGCCUGAUCACUACAGGAUGUUUAAUGCUCGAUCUGAAUCUAUAGAUGAAAAGGCAUCAUUUCGCCGUCUGCUUCCUAAAAGCAGGUGCCUUGUGGCAGUAGAAGGAUUUUAUGAGUGGAAAAAGGAUGGUUCAAAGAAACAGCCUUACUAUAUUCACUUCAAAGAUGGACGACCACUUGUCUUUGCUGCUCUUUAUGACUCAUGGCAAAAUUCUGAAGGUGAAACACUAUAUACAUUCACUAUUGUUACAACCUCUUCAUCUUCAGCACUUCAGUGGCUUCAUGACAGGAUGCCUGUUAUUUUGGGCAGCAAGGAAUCAACUGAUAUUUGGCUAAGCAGUUCUGCUUCCAGUUUUAAGAGUGUGAUGAAGCCAUAUGAAGAAUCUGAUUUGGUGUGGUACCCAGUGACAUCUGCUAUGGGCAAGGCAUCAUUUGAUGGACCUGAGUGCAUAAAGGAGAUUCAAGUAAAAGCACAAGGGAACACUUCAAUCUCUAUGUUCUUUUCAAAAAAAGGAGAUGAAAGUAAAGACACAAAGCCAGAACAGAAAGCAUCAUGUCCUGAAGUUGUCAAAACUGAACAUACAGAAGACCUGACUGAAAGUAAAGACACAAAGCCAGAGCAGAAAACAUCAAGUCAUGAAUUUGUCAAGACUGAACCUACAGAAGACUUGAGAGAAAGAGCUAAAACUGAGGAGGGAGGCAAUGACUUAAAAUUCCAUGGUUCUUCCCAUUCUCAAAAUGUUUCUAUGCUCCCAAUUAAGCGUGAGUAUGAGACAUUUUCGGCUGCUGAUUCAAAGCCAGCAUUGGCAAAUCAUGAUCAGAUAAGUCCAAACCCUGCAAAGAAAAAGGAAAAAGCAAAGACUGCUAAUGAUAAACAACCAACCCUGUUUUCAUACUUUGGAAAAAGUAACCACUAAACUAACUGGUUUUGGUUUUGCAUUAACAUGAGGAUUGCUAUGUUUGUAUUGGUGUAAAUUACACAUGCAUUUUCUUUUAGCUUGUGUAUUUCCAUGUAGGCCUUGUUUUAUAUGCACAUUUUCAAUCUCUACUCUUGUUGGAAGGUCUUUCUUUAGUCCAUGGUUCAUGUUCAAGAGGAGCUUUAUAAUUAAAUAGCAAGGCUUUUUGUAUUAUUUUGGUUUUGCUGGUUACAAAA